AUGCCUUCCCCAUCUCCUCCUCGCCAGGCAUCGCCAUUGCCAAUACCUUCUCCUCCCGACUCCAAAAGUCCCAAUCGCAGAACGUCCUUCGGGUUUCUGCAUCGAUCCAGGUCCAAAGAACCGAUCCAGAAUCGAAAAGCUUCGGGCGGUAAGAUUACCAAGAAACAUCAUGAACAAGCAAGGGAGGAAGAGUUGAGGCGGUUGAAAGAAGCUAGCUUGAUGCCUGGAGCCGUGCCUACGCUGCCUGUGCUGACCCCGUCCCCUCAGCUGCAGAGUUUUGUUGGAGAGGGUGCAACGCCGGAUAGAGCUGCUGGGAAGAACACGAACCAGUCAAUGGAGGCUCCCACUCGAACUGUGCCCGUACCUCCGAUUCCUAGGGUGUCUCAGAGCCCCGACCCAUAUACCAGGAGUGAAAGUAUAACCCACCGUGGUCGUUAUAGCUAUGCUGCUAGCGCAGUGAGCUCGAUUGAUAGUCCGAGAAGAGUCAGGAGACGGAAAGACCCAACGCCAUACAAUGUCUUGGUAGUUGGUGCUCGCAAUUCUGGCAAAACAUCUUUCAUCAACUUCCUUCGCAUAUCACUGGCCGCGAAGAAGCGCUUAAACCGGCCGGGUGAGAACCUCGAAACGCCAAUCGCAGGCAAGACCAAUAAGAGUUUUGUGCAUCACUACCUCGAAACGGAGAUCGACGGUGAACGUGUCGGCUUGACAUUGUGGGACUCGCAGGGCCUGGAAAAGAAUGUGGUGGAUCUUCAGCUUCGUGAGAUGAGCACUUUCAUUGAGAGCAAGUUUGAAGACACCUUUUCCGAGGAGAUGAAGGUCGUGCGUGCACCUGGUGUACAGGAUACUCACAUUCACUGCGUCUUUCUCAUUCUAGACCCUGUUCGUCUGGAUGCGAAUAUACAAGCCGCUCGUCAGCAUUCGUCGAUUGAGAAAACUGGAAAGAUCCGCAAUACGCCGGCGCGGAUCAUUGGUGCUCUUGACGAAGAUUUCGACCUUCAGGUGCUGCGUACUCUGCGCGGAAAGACCUCAGUCGUGCCAGUCAUCAGCAAAGCAGACACCAUCACUACAGCUCAUAUGGCGGUUCUGAAAGAUAUGGUCCACAAUGGCCUGAAAAUAGCGGGUCUUGAUCCAUUGGAAGCGCUAAGCUUCGACGAAGAGGAAGAGUUCGACGAAGAGGACAAUGCCAUCGUCGAAAAAUUUGACGAACGCGAUGAGGACGAAGAGAAUGCCAGGAAUAAAAGUACCAGCCCAGAUUCAGAGGAUGGCCGUGGCUCACCACAUACCUCAGACUCAGACACUGUUCCACAGGAUCAACCCACUCCAGUCGCACUACGACGCAGCAGCCAGCGAUAUAAAUCUGUGGCAACUAGUGGCACAUCUGAAGAAGGUCUUAUUGAUCCGCCAUAUCUCCCCUAUUCGAUCCUGUCACCUGAUGAAUACAGUCUGGCAUCUAAAGAUGGACGGGUUGGAAGAAAGUUUCCAUGGGGAUUUGCCGAUCCAUACGAUCCUGAGCAUUGCGAUUUUACCAAGUUGAAGGAGACGUGCUUCGGUGAAUGGAGAGCCGAGCUAAGGGAGGCAAGCAAAGAGAUCUGGUAUGAAAGAUGGAGAACGUCGCGUUUGAAUCGACAAGGCAUCAACGCAAACGGUACCGGCGCAGGCAGCAGGACCUCGAACGGCCUUUCGAAAGGAGUACCACGUUGA